AUGUCAUCAACGCUUGGGUAUACGGAGUUCGAAGGCUUCCGUGUCUCGAAGCCGCACGAGUAUGUGGCUCAUGUGGAGAUUGACCGGCAGAAGAAGUACAAUUCAUUUACACAUGACAUGUUCCAUUCUAUGCCCAGCCUGUUCGACCGCCUCUCUCACGACCCGGACGUUCGUGCCAUCCUCCUUUCCGGCAUGGGGGAGAAGGCUUUCUCCGCUGGGCUCGAUGUAAGCGGCGCAUCAUCAUCUGGACCCGUAGGAACCCCAGCAGAGCAUGAAGACUUCGCACGCCGGACCUGGAAGAUCCGUCGGCACGCUCUGGAUUAUCAAAACGCCAUCAACGCCAUCGAACGGUGCGAGAAACCGGUGAUUUGCCUUCUACAUGGCAUAUCGUAUGGUGCGGCAAUCGAUAUCGCCACAGCGGCGGAUGUGCGGUACUGUACUCGAGAUGUCAGCUUUUGCAUCCGAGAGAUUGAUGUUGGCUUGGCGCCAGAUAUUGGAACGAUGAGUCGUCUGCCUAAGAUAGGUGUCAGCUACUCGUGGGCAAAGGAAGUGGUCUACACAGCUGUAGCCUUUCGUGGAGAUGAAGCUCUUUCCUAUGGGUUUGUCAACAAAGUCUUCGAAACCAAGGCCGAUCUCGUUGCGGGUGGUCUUGCCUUGGCAGAGACUAUUGCGUCGAAGAGUCCGGUUGCAGUGCAGAGCGCGAAAGCGCUGUGGGACUUUAGCCGGGACCGGCCAGUACAGGACGGUCUCUUGUACACAGCAGCAUGGAAUGGUGCUAUGGUUCAGGCGGACGAUGUGAAGAAAGCCAUGCUGAGUGGCAUCCGCAAGACUAAGACGACAUUUGAGAAGCUAUAG